AUGAAACGACUAAUUACAAUCAUCCAAGCAGCUAAGGUUUUGACUUGCAUUGGUUUCUUCCUCUUCGUUCUCCACGUCGUGUGUUGCGAAUUCUGGGCCGCGGCCAUCUUUCAACAGGAGGUGUUGGCUUGGGAGGAUGUCACGUGGCAACGCAGCCGCUGCACGGUACUCAGCGCCGGGGUCAGUUGCAUCGAAGCACACCACGGGAAACUCUGCAGCAACGGGACGAUCGCCGGCAACGAGACGAGUGAUGCCAUGAACUCCUCGGUCGUCUUUCCCUUGCAGAGGGGGGCCAUUUGUCCUGGGACCUACUUUUGUGCAGAGGAACAUCAGCCCUGCAUUUGCAAUGGCGAGAUCACCUAUGGACCAGUUCUCUUUGAUGGGUAUCGCUACCACGGUCCCGUGAACAACUCGGUCUACUCCAAUGGUUCCGCCGGACAUUUGUGCGGCGUGGACCAGCAUGGCCAGCAGCUGCCGGACCCCGCGCCCAAGCAACCGAAAUUCUGCUGGUGCACUCCUCGCUUUCUCCAGCGCUUCGCGUCCCCUAUAGCGCCCGGCUGCGUGGACGCGGCGGACGUCGCGAGCUUCGCGAAGAGCGCCACGGUGGAGUCGCUCACGGGGAAACGCUUCACACCCUGGGCCUUGGUUCGGGAGGAGCACAGUUCCAGCAUUGCUUGUGCCUAUGAGUUUGGCAUCCCCAGACCAUCCACAGAUUUCUUUGAGACCUCUGGUGGCCAGAUGGAGCAAAAGGCGCAGCAGGCGCAGCUGUUGGUGCAGCACUGGGCAAAGGAUCCGAAAAGGCCUUGUUGGAUCCGAAGACCCAGCGAAGGCAGAUCUCCGUGUUCCAUCGCCCUGGAAGCGCCCGGACAGCUGGAGCGUCGCGCCGACGACAUGAAACGCUUAGCCACGGAGCAUCUGAUGCUCUGUGUGGCAUUCGUGGCAUCGCUGCUCUGCCUCUGCUGCUGGAUCUUCUCGGCGUCCGCACGGGAGCUCGAGCAGCCCUUGUUGGACGCUGGGCGCUGGCCAUGCUGGGAGAUCUUGGGAUAUAAGAUGAUGUCAUAG